AUCGAAAGCCGAUAACCCGAUGACUGCAGCAGGCCAGGUGAAAUCAGAAGAUAUUUAAUAAACUUCAUUGAGCCGGCUCUGCGUGGGAACGUGCGUGUGAAAUAGUCGGGAGAAUAGCCCGGAGAAGCUGACGAAGCAACUGGUGAAUCUUGAGUCGCUGCUAGCAGUAGAAGCGAACCCUCUGCGAAGACCAGCCGUGCACGUUGCACAUUGCUUAAUUUCUGGACGGGAUUGUCCAAUCCAGUGUCAACCAUGGCAACAGUGGCCCUACUGUCGCGGCAGCGCUUGCUCGCCUGCUCCUUGCGGCUGUUUGGUGGCGCCCACUCGAGGUGCCUGUCGGCGAUGUCCGGGAACAGGACAACCAGUCUGGCUAGCGAUUCCUGGGCUCUCGCGAGUCGCCGAAACCUGCUCCUGCCCACCGUCACCAUCCGCUUCAACCACAAGUCGGCGAAUCCAGCGGCGGCGGCGGCACCAGCGCCCGCGGUUAACGACCCGUCCGCCGGCGACAAGGAUGUGAGGGCCACCAAUAGCACCACCUCCAGCGACCUCUUUGGCGAGGCGGCUAACAUGGGUCUGUUCGCCAAGUUCAAGCACAUGUACAAACAGUACUGGUAUGUGCUCAUUCCGGUGCACGUGCUCACGUCGGUGGGUUGGUUUGGAGGCUUCUACUACCUGUCCAAAAGUGGCGUCGAUGUGCCCGCUUUGCUGCAGUACGUUCACUUGAGCGAGAACAUCAUUGAGAAGGUGCAGGGCUCGGAUAUGGGCCACUACGCCAUCGCCUAUCUCUGCUAUAAAGUGGCCACCCCCCUGCGCUACGCCCUUACUCUGGGUUGCACCACCGUAUCCAUUAAGUACCUGGUGCAGCACGGCUACAUCAAGCCCAUGCCCACCAAGAGCGAGCUAAUCAAGAUGUACGAGGACAAGAAGGCCACUCGAGCCAGCGCUAAGGCAGACAAGGCAGAGAAGGACGAGAGUAAAUGAUCCUCGGCCACGGGCGAGGACAUCUCCACUUCGGCGGUGUCGUUGCCUUUGCCGCAGUCACAAGAUCCUAAACCGCCGCCACCGCUGCUGCCACUGUCAAUGCCCCAAAGGAUCGGCGACCAGCAGCGACCGGCCGCCGGCGAGCGGCGAGCAGUUGACCUGUUGUCUUUUUUGUUAAACUGCCGCCGUUCUUGCUGGCACUGGUGCUCAACGAACAUAACUCUUGUCCGGAAUCAUAGUCGAUCGCAGAAGCAGCAGCCGCCGCACUGAGCUACCGAUGCAUAAACGCCCACUACCACAGUCACAGUUAAAUACCCGCCAUCCCAACCACCCCACCCAUCCCACGUAUUCAGAUACAGAUACUCUUGGAGUUGCAUAUGUACUUUGCCUAUAGUUUCUGCUGCAGUUACUAAACCGCUGGACGUCCUCAAUAAGAAACCAAAACAUAUUUCACAAAGAAACCCAAAACACAGAGCCGCAGGACGUGGAGUUCAGUAGUAGUUAUUUAUAGAUAUAUUUUGUAAAUGUGAGAAUGUUGUCGCAAACAAUAACAACCUAACUUUUAAAUUAAAAUAAAAAUAAAGUGAAGCA